AUGGGUGCAUUCAUGACCAAUGACACUGACCCCGCUGGCGUUGUGGAUGGCUGCGACUCGUCCUCCACAUCACUGUUCGACUCGUCCAGCUAUCCAUUCGCCGAUGUCAUCCCGAUUGACAAGGCGUGUGUCUCGACCUUUGCUUGCCGUGGCGCGUCAUUCUCAUUCCAGGUGCUCAUGAACACCGCCUGCAACAAUGUCUCAUUCAACUGCAAGUACUUCAACGGCGACAAGUCGGACAAUUACACGUUGGUGUUCAAUCAGACGAUGGACGUCGGUCCACUGCGAGCUUACUCCUCAAAGUGCACAGUGUUGUGCAAGCAUGGAUAUUGUGAUGAUGUGACCUGCAAAUGUGACCAAGGAUACAAAGGCAAUGAUUGUAGUCAAUGUGAUAUAGGAUACGAGGCGCCAAGCAAUGGAUCAUCAUUGUGUCAAGACAUUAAUGAAUGUGUGCGAGACACUUCCAUCCAAUGCCAAGAGCAUUCCACAUGUUUCAACACGCCUGGCAGCUAUCAAUGUCGAUGUAUAGACGGUUUCGAGAUGAGUGGAUCAGAUUGCAUCGAUAUCAAUGAAUGCGAGAAGAAUAAGGAUAUCUGUGGAACCUCAUUGUGUGAGAAUACUGUAGGAUCAUAUGUAUGCCAAUGUCGACCAGGCUACACCUACAUCUCAAGUAAUAAUAGUUGUUUGGAUAUUGAUGAAUGUGAGACUGGAACAUCAGUAUGUGGUGAAGGAUUCGUUUGUAAGAAUAUCGAUGGAUCAUAUGCAUGUGUAUGCUCACAUGACUCGAUGGCCGCAGAAUGCCAAUCAUUCCCUACUGUAUCAAGAGUGCAGAGCAUUGGACAUGGACAAGUGUUGAUAGAGGGAACUGGAUCAAACUUGACAGGAUCACCUUACAGCCCAGGCAACUACUUUGAUCUACCAGUCCUUUUCAAGAUAAACAAUGUAUCAAAGAUUGUUGGAACAUUCAAAGGUCCAUUCAUAGAGUCAGUUAUUUCCGCACCAACUGAUGGAGGAUUGAUACAGGUCAAUGUGACUGGACUUGAGGCAACAGAUGGAAAGAAUAUUACUAUGGUGAUUGGAGAGUAUGAUUGCAAUGUUACAGUGAUCAAUACAAACUUGGUCGGUUGUCAAGUUCCUCAAGGAUGGGCCACACCACUUUCCAUGGUCUUGACAUCGAAUGGACAGUAUUCAACAGGAAACAAACAGUUUGAAUACUUGCCUCCAUCAAUAUCAUUCCUAUCAAGUCUCCCGCAAAGAGGUGGUAAUCUUACAAUUGAUGGAUCAAGCUUUGGUUCGAAUCAAUCGACCAGUCCAUCCACCAACAUCUCUGACCUUGUUUCAGUAUCCGUGUCUGGACGUCCAGUUGCUGAUCCAAUGAUACUACUCUAUGAACAAGAGUACAAGUGUGACAACGAGACAUGUAGCAAUAAUGGAUAUUGUAUAUUUGGUGUGUGCAAUUGUAAUACCAACUGGACUGGUCAUUAUUGUAAUGAGACGUAUUCCUCAUCUGAGGGCGACAACAACAAUGGUUGGUUAGUGAUACCUUCCAACUCGACUCCAACAUCCACCAUCACAAGUGAUUCAACAACAUCCUACGAGAUCAAUAUAUGUGAGAUCAAGGAACUUGGACCAGACUCGGACCAGCCAUUCGUCGACUACGAUCUCAAGAACUUUAACUGGACCAAGACCAACAUGUCGUCGACCAAUCAGUGGAGAUACCAGUUAGUGUUGCCAAACUCUGCCGUGCUGGAUGUGUACAUCACACAGAGUGCAGACGCCAGUCAGUUCACAUUUGGCAAUGUCCAGAUGUCCACAUCGAGGAACUCACUCAAGUACACGAUAUCGAUCACUGACUGGCCAUUCGAGUCCAAGUCCAAUCAUCUAGAGUUGGUGUUCCAGAGUGAGACAUUCGUCAAAGAGGUGCCCGCAGGAUGUCAACAACAGCCUUCUAUCACAGAGUAUGGUACGAACAACAAUGGUAGCAACAGUGGCGCCAACAGCAAGACCAACAACAAUACCUCACCAGAGCUGCUCUGGUUCAAGACGAGCGAUGGUAUGUCAACCCUCUUUGCCAGGUUCCUGAACAAGGGCAUACUCGAUGGUGUCUGGAAGACUAUACGUUUCAGCUCAGUCUCCAACGGCACAUCACUAUCACCAUCAACAACUACAUCGUCUUCUUCAACGAGCACAGGACUGGUAGGCAUAUCAUUGCUCGUACCCUACUUUGCCAAGAACUGUACAGUUGACCCAGACUACACGCUGAUAAUCAAUCCAACCAACGAACAACAACUCAACUGUAAUCCAACAUCGAGCAUACUUGACAACAGCAUCUUCUUGUCGUCGGCCAUUGUCAUACUGGUGUUCAUCGCUGCAGCCGCAAUUGGUAGUCUCACCUGGUAUCUCAUCAAACAGAAGCAAAGGGCCAGAGGUGAAGAAUUCACUGAUCAGAACUUUGAUGGCGCCUCGCCUCCACCAGGUCCCUCACAGAUCAGCUACUAG